AUGGGGCAGGACGAAUCCAGCCUCGUCGACGAGAGCGUCUCGCCGCAGACGCUCUCGGCCAGGAAUUUGUCUGCCGUCGCAGAGUACAUCAAGGAUGCGGGAAAGAGAAAGAUUGUCGUUCUCACUGGCGCCGGCAUUUCCACCGCCGCAGGCAUUCCCGACUUUAGAUCACCCAAGACGGGUCUCUAUAACAACCUCGCGCGUCUCAAUCUCCCCUACGCCGAAGCCGUAUUCGACAUCGACUACUUCCGCCAACACCCAGAGCCCUUUUACGUCCUCGCCCAAGAGCUGUACCCCGGUCGCUUCCACCCAACCGUGUCCCAUGCCUUCAUCGCCCUCCUGGCCCGCCGCGGCCUGCUACAGAUGCUCUUCACCCAGAAUAUCGACUGCCUCGAGCGCCGAGCUGGCGUGCCUGCAGACCGCAUCGUCGAGGCGCACGGCAGCUUCGCGACGCAGCGCUGCAUCGAAUGCAAGAAGGAAUUUCCCGACGAUGCCAUGCACGACCACGUUUCUAGGGGCGAGGUGCCGCGCUGCGCGGAUCCGGACUGCCGCGGGACGGUGAAGCCCGACAUUGUCUUCUUUGGGGAGUCACUCCCGCGUGCCUUUUCGGAAAAGUCGCACCACACAGCCAUGGCCGAUAUCGUGCUCAUCAUCGGCACCAGCUUGACCGUGUACCCGUUUGCUAGCCUGCCCGACAUGGCUCGCGAAAGCACGCCGCGCGUGCUUUUCAACAUGGAGCGGGUGGGCCGCAUUGGCAGCCGGGCGGAUGACGUCGUCCAGCUGGGAGCCAUCGACGACGGGAUCCGCAAGCUGGCGGAUGAGCUGGGCUGGCGCGACGAGCUGGAGGAGCUGUGGCGCGGGCUCGUGGGCAAGGAAGAGGCGGAGAGGCAGCUGCGGAGUCAGAAGUGGCAUGACGAGGAAGUGGAGGAGGAGGUCCAGAAGCUGACCGAGGAGGUCGAGGCUGUCCUCACCUUUGACGAAUCAGAUACUUCCGACUCGGACAAGAGUCGAGACCAGCCAGUCGAGACGAAGGCGGAGGAGACCCCGCGAGGCGAGGAGCCUGACGAGGAGAGGUCAAGGCAUGACGAAAGCAAGCCGACAUCGGAUCAAGCAGACCAAGAUCACAAGACCGCGGGGCCACCGCCACCCGUUGAUGAACCCAACAAGACGACAGAUGCAGCCACACCCAACGAAGGCUCUGCGAAGCCAGAGACGGCUUCUCAGCCCUCAAGCCUUAAGACGACUGUUGAUGAGAAGCAUGACGACAUACAAAAGCCAUUACUAUAA